AUGUCGUUCACUCUAAGUGUACGGCAAAGCCCUCUGCGCCUGGCGCAACGGCUGCCCGAACUCUCCAAGACUGCGUUGCGAUCUGCCGCGCCUGUCCGAAGCCUCCACACGCCCGCCAAGCCCACGACCAACUUCUUCACGUCGCGCGUCUCGUCAAUCGCCGCCCGGAAUGCCUUUGCCCGCGGCAGCGGCCGCUCAUACUACCAGGAGGCUACGCAACGGGCCUCCAGCGGUACUGGUAUGCGAAAGCUGCUGGUGGGCGGUGCCAUAUUCGGCGGUACUCUUGUGGCCAUCAAUGCUGUUUUCAACCGCGAGACGAGAGACGAUGGCGGCAUGCCGCUGUACGAGCGGGAGUACCUGAACAACACCUUCUUGCAUACGGGAUUGGGUAUCGGUAUCAUUGGUUUGACGGCGAGGCAGAUGGUUCAGAGUGGAUUCGUCUACCGGUUGAUGGUGACGAACCCUUGGGUCGUGGGAUUGGGUGGUUUGGCACUGAGCUUUGCCACCAUGAUUGGAACUCGUUCCAUCAGCCCUGACAACUACGUCCCCAAGUACGCUCUCUGGACCGCUUUCAACGCCACGCAAGCCGCCUUCGUCGCCCCUCUCCUGGCAUUCGUUCCGGUACCUCUCCUCGCUCGCGCUGGCCUCUACACCGCCGCCAUGAUGGGUGCGCUCUCUAUUGUUGGUGCGACCGCCAAGCAAGAGAAGUACCUGUACAUUGGCGGCCCUCUCCUGGCUGGUGCUGCCAUUGUCGCCGUCUCUGGUUUCGCUCCGCUGCUCAUCCCUGCCACGGCUGUCCGCACGCUGGCAUUCACUGAGAACAUCUGGCUGUACGGUGGAUUGGCCGUCUUUGGCGGCUUUACGCUGUAUGAUGUUCAAAAGGUGCUGUACCACGCGCGUAUGGCGCAGGCUGGCCUGAUGAAGCGCGACCCGGUGAACGAGAGUAUCUCAUUGGAGCUGGACUUUUUGAACAUUUUCGUGCGCAUGGUUCAGAUCUUGAUGAUGAACCAGAACCGCCGAAAGUAA